AUGGCUGUAAAAAUAGUUGGCCAUAGGGCGUAUAAGGCAGACCCAUAUUGUCCCGAAAAUACUUUACAAGCCUAUGAUAGAGCGUAUGAAGCUAAAGUUGACAUAAUCGAAACCGAUAUCCAGUUAACAGCAGACGGUGUGGUUGUCAUCAGCCAUGAUAUGGACACGGCUCGAAUGUAUAAUGAAGGGCAUGUGAUUAGCCAAAGCAAUUGGUCUUCUUUGAAGGCCCUUCAUAUUAAAGGUAACGUGGACAUAACCAUGCCGAGCUUAAAGGACUCGUUGGAAUGGUUGACUAAGCAUGAUAACGUGACCUUGAUGAUAGACAUCAAGCCCACGAAUAGUAAGGUGAUUAUUGCGAAAGCAAUUUCUGACAUGAUGGCGGUUGUGAAUGAUAUCGAGUACUGGCGGAAGCGGAUCAUUUUUGGGUUAUGGGACGUCAGUUGGUAUGAGUUCGGUGUUGUCACGGGGGCUUUUAAGAGCUUUCGAGUGUUGAGCAUUGGGAUUUCUAUGAAGUCGAUUCAGGAGUUUAUUGAUUACUCCAAGAAGUUAAAUGAGCCUGUUUAUAAGCUAUACGGAAUUAGUCUACACUUUGUCGGUACUUGGUCCGAUACUUUCCAAGAAAAAUGGCUGCCUAUCCUAAAAGAAAAUAACUUGAAGCUAUUCCUCUGGACAGUUAAUAAAGAUAUUGAUGUUAAGUACGUUUCAGCUCUACCAGUGGAUGGAAUUGUUACUGACAACCCAGUCAACAUGCGGGAAUCCGUGAAAAAAUGGACAGCAAAUCCUGUCCCAUUUUCUGCUCCACCUGCAAAAUCCAAAGAGGGAAUACGCUUCUAUUGCUACCUUACUAUCUACAAACUCGUCGUUCGUCUAGUUUUUUCACCCUGGGCUAACUAUAAAGUACUCCGCAGUUACUCGAUAGCUUCCUUAUUUAUGGCCUUCUUAAGGAGAGUACACUUUAUUUAA